AUGCACAACAACGGCGAAGGGUUGCCCUCUCCUCGGGAGAGCUGUACAAAUGGCUGCGGCCAGCAAGUCGUCUCUGCGGCCCCGCAAAGGAAGGAGAGUGGCCCGGAAUAUAGUGCCGAAGAGGACCCCAAGCAAACGGAGCCACUAGUGGUGAAAAAGGCCAACCGAGAAAUACUGGACCACGAACGGAAAAGAAGGGUCGAACUCAAAUGCAUGGAGCUUCAGGAGAUGAUGGAAGAACAAGGGUAUAACCAGGAAGAAAUACGCCAGAAAGUUGGGACAUUCCGACAGAUGCUGAUGGAGAAGGAAGGGGUGUUAACCAAGGAGAAUCCGCAAGAACGUUAUAUUAUGAAAAGGAAAUCAAGCAGUUCUCCUUCACCACCGCCUAAGAAAAAGAAGAAGAAAUCAGGACACUACAAAAUCCGCUGUGAAAGUUCAUCAUCAUCACGGAAAGAGAGAAAAAAGAAGAGUGGAAAGAAACACAAGAGAGACAGGUCUACAAGCCCUAAAAGCAAACGCAAAGACAGGAGCAAGCAAAGAAGGCGGUCACCCAGUGAGUCACCACCUCGGAAACCACAUAAAGCACGGAGCUGUUGCAGCUCCCGCAGUGUGUCUGCAUCGUCUGUAUAUAGCACUUCCAGAUCUCUCAGCAGUUCCCACAGCCCGUCUUCAGAGCCCAGAUCACAUUCCAAAAGCAAACACAGCACUAUGUCCAGACAGCUGAAGAGUCACAGCAGUGAGCGGAAGCCAUGUUGCACUCGAUCCAGUCCCAGUCAGUGUCCUCUGCAAGACCGACGCAACCGAUCAGUGACUCCCAGGGAGAACGGACACAAGGGUCCUUCGUGGAGUGACAGACACAGACAUCCACCAAACAGAUCACAGGAUAGCACCGACUCCAGGUCAUUGUCUCCAGGGAAAGAGCCCAGGUCGGCAUCAAAGUCUCCAAAGGCGAAGGAAGGCAAGCACUCGAAGCAUAACUCCAGGAGUUUCAGGUCCAAAUCCCCUAGGAGAUCCUCCGCUGAGGGCAGGCACGCAAAGCCCAGGUCAAGGUCAGCAUCCACACACAGGGCUUCCAGCCGGCGGAAGUCGAGCCUCCCGGCUCACAAAGUAUCUUCUCGCUCCCCAAGCCAAUCAGACUUCAGCAGUGACUCUGCAGAAUCUGUCGGCAGCCGAUCACGAUCGCACCACACGUCAGGCCGGAGUAAACGUGCACGAGCAAAGAAGUUAAGGCAGGCACCAAGUCGUCACCGUCGAAGGCAUUACGCAAGACGGAACAAGAGCCGCGGCCGCUCGCCAGGCAAGCACGAACAACCGAGCAGCCACAACGCGGACAAGAAGAAAAGCUCCUCCUACAGCCCCAGGCACAAGAGCAGCUCCAGGAGCUCCAGCACGUCCCGGUCCCGCUCAUGCUCGCGGCCACACGACAAGAGAGACGGGCGGAGCAAAUCUCGGUCGUCGCCUCGCAAGGAGCAGUCCAGAGAAAGGGAUAGUGACAUGGGAGCACGGCACCACGACUCUGAAGUAGAGAGGCAUCGGCGUCGAUCCAGAAGCUACUCGCCCAUUAGAAAGCGAAGGCGAGAUUCGCCCAGUUUCAUGGAGCCCCGUCGCAUUACAAGGUACAACACUGGCUGGGCCCAGCUGCCAUUCUUCACUGGGGUUUACUUCGGAAUUAGUUGGUUGUGA